AUUAAUCGUAGCGUGCCAUGAAUGAUUGUGUCGUUAAAGAUGAUGUAUAAGAAUUAUUGUGCUCUCUUGUUCUAACAGUUGAUGGCCUCAUCAAUUCCUUCCAUGGAAUUCGCGUCUUCGUCAUCCAAACGCCAACGAAGAUAUGAUGUGCUAAUCAACUUUAGUGGAGAAGACAUCCGCAAGAAAUUUGUCUCUCAUCUCGAUUCUGCCCUCUCUGCCGUUGGACUCACCACUAUCCAUCACCACCACAAUGCAGUGCAUAUCCAACAACCUAUUCUCAAACUUUGUCGGGUAGCAAUUGUUGUUUUCACCCAAACAUAUUCUGAAUCUGCUUGGUGUCUUCAUCAACUUCAACAAAUCAUUCAAUGGCACGAAACUUAUUGCCAACAUGUUCUGCCCGUAUAUUACGAAAUUCGGCCAUCUGAUGUACGACUUCAGAAGGGUAAUUUUGGAGAAACCUUGAAGGCAACUGCACAACAAGCAUUUUCAGGACAACAACUGGAGCAUGGCAUGUCCAUGUGGAACCUUGCACUCACCAAAGCUGCAAAUUUGUUUGGAUGGGAUGAUAGCAAUUACAGGAGUGAUGCUGAAGUAGUGGACAAUAUUGUUAAGACCGUUCUUCAUUUACCAGCCUUGUCUGCUACUAAAUUUCCUGUUGGAUUACAGUCCCACAUGGAAGAUCUUAUUCAAACUAUCAAAAACAAAUCCUCAGAAGUUUGUAUAAUAGGGAUAUAUGGAGGGGGAGGAUUGGGUAAAACCACCCUUGCCAAAGCCAUCUACCAUCAAAUUCAUGGUACAUUUAAGGAGAAAUGUUUCAUUGAAGAUGUUGCACAAGUUAGUAAAAUAAGAGGGCAUGCUCAUUUACAAGAACAACUUCUUUCAAAUGUUCUAAAAACAAAGGUGGAGAUACAUAGCGUUGAGAUGGGUGGCAGAAUGAUUCGGGAAAGUCUUUCUGGGAAAAGGGUGCUCAUUGUACUUGACGAUAUGAAUGAGUAUAGUACUCUUUUAGACUUAUGCAGAUGUCGUGCAAGGUUCAGUGAAGGAACUGUGAUAAUUAUUACAACAACAAACGAAGGCCUACUGAUAAGACAUCCAGUUGAUUCUGUAUUUCGGAUAGAGCGAAUGAAUGCAAAGGAGUCCCUUGAGCUUCUUAGCUGGCACGCAUUUAGGGAAGCAAAACCAAAAGAAGAUUACAAUGACCUUGCAAGAAAAGUAGUUACUUAUUCUGGAGAACUACCUCUACUUCUUGAAGUCACUGGAAGUAGUUUAUUUGAAAGGACGAAACGAGAAUGGAAUGGUGUAUUGUUUGAAUUUGCAAAACGUCCCCAAAACAAUGUUCCUCGGAAAUUGAAAAUAAGCUUCGAUGUUUUAUGCAAUCAAAUAGAAAAAGAUUUAUUCCUUGAUGUAUGUCGUUUCUUUGUUGGUAAGGGCAGAGUUUAUGCUACAAACAUCCUAAAUGGCUUCGGAGUAGAUGUUGAUAAUGGAAUAAGAGUUCUCACAGAGCGUAGCCUCAUACAAGUUGAAAAGAAUAACAAAUUAGGAAUGCAUUCGUUGCUACGAGAAAUGGGAAGAGAAAUUAUUCGUGAAAUUACAGGAAAGGAACCUGGGAAGAUUAGUCAACUGUGGCUUGAUAAGGAUGUAGAAUAUGUACUGACAGAGAAUACUUUCUUUUCAUCGCAACGGACAAAAGUCAUUCAGAGAUUGCCUGUGAAAAUGCUUUUAAACAUGAGAGAUUUCUUCGAUCCUUAUCCAGAGGUAAGAGAGCCACUGCUGAAACUCACUGAAAAUUCCGAGUACCUUUCUAAGAAACUGAGAUGGAUCAGUUUGCAAGGAUUUUCUUCAAAAUACCUACCCAACGACUUUUAUCUGCAUGACGCAAUGGUGAUUGAUUUAAAGCAUAGUCUUCUUCGAGUCGUCUGGAAAGAAACCCAGAUUUUGAGGUCGCUAAAAGUCCUUAACUUAAGCCACUCCAUGCACUUGAUAGAAACACCUGACUUUUCAAGAAUACAAUGUCUUGAACAGCUUAUUCUAAAAGAUUGUCCGAGAUUGCGCAAAGUACACCAAUCUAUUGGAUGUCUCUACAAUCUUAUACUGCUAAAUUUGAAGGAUUGUACAAGUCUAAGAAAUCUCCCCGUAGGGAUAUAUAUGUUGAAAUCUUUAAGAACUCUCAUUCUUUCUGGUUGUUCCAAGAUUGACCUAUCGGAAAAGGAUAUAGUCCUAUGAAAUCCCUGGUAACUCUAAUUGCUGAAAAUACAGUUGUGAAACAAGUCCCUUUUUCAAUUGUAAGCUCAAAAAGUUUUGGAUACAUAUCCCUAUGUGGAUUUGAGGGAUUGUCACAUAACUUUUUUCCUUCUAUCAUUCGGUCUUGGAUGUUGCCAACAAUGAAUCCAAUAUCUUAUAUUCAUCCGUUUUGAAUGGAUGUGAAGGACAACAGCUGGGAUGAUAUUGUGCCAUUGCUUAGCACCCUUGCAAAUCUUCGAACUGUUUUGGUGCAAUGUGACACUCAGCUUCAACUAUGUAAUCAAGUAGAAACUAUUCCGGUCGAAUAUGGUAUAAAUAAUCAAGCAGAAUCAACAAUUUCAAACCAUCAUUUCAGGUCUUCUUUGAUUGGUUUUGGAAGAUACAACGAAUUCUUAGAUACUAUUAACAAUAACGUAUCUCAGGUUCUUCUCUACCUUUCCUUUUGUUUAUUAACUUCACCAUCAUUCUAGCAAUUAAGCAUAAAAUAAUUCUAUUGCCACACAACUUCAUCUAAAAUAUUCUGGUUUUCGCAAGCAACUAAUCAAGUGAUUAUGCUUUUGUUUCGACUUUCUUGCUUCACAAGUAUUAUAUUCCAGAUCAUUGUAGGAAUAUACGAAAAGAGAGGAAAACAGAAGUGCAUUCUAAAUCCCUAACGGCAUGAUGGUGAUAUAUAUACACAUAAAAAAUAUCAAUCAUAUUUGUUUAUAUUAAUUACCAUUGAUAUGUUUUGCAUUUUGUAUUGCAUUGUUGUUGGGUUAUUGAUGGCCACAUUGUAAUUUCUAUUGUUAAAAUAAUGGUUACAUAAUACAAUUUGAAUAGCAUAAUUAGAUAAAUGAAGAAACUUUUUAUCUUAUGGUACAGGUAUUGGCAAGCAGUGAGUCUUAUGAUAUUUCUCUCCCAGUUGUCAAUGAUCCUUAUUGUUUGGUCCAUAUGGGCGAGGGACAUUCUAUUUUUUUCACUGUGCCUCGUGAUCUUGAGAUGAAGGGAAUGACUUUGUGUGUUGUUUAUUUAUCAACCCCUAUGAUCUUUGAACCUGAAGUUUCUACUAUCUCAAUU